GCAGCGAAAUUCUCCAUAGUUCAGAAAUCAGAUAGAAGGACCCGACCCGGUCGGUCUAUAUUUUCAUUCCGAACCGCAAUACACCAAAUUGGGUAAAUAUAAACCCUAGCCAUCCAACAAAAACCCUAGAAUCCAUUGAAAGCAAAAUAGAAAGGGGUUGAAAGAUGACACAAAAGGCAAAUCUUUUCAAAGGUCAACAGAAGAAGAAACCAGUACCGAGUCGACAUGGAAAAGCUCCUCAAAUUCGCAAAGGGAAGAGAGCGGUGAAACCAUCGAAGAACACAAAGCAGAUGGACGUCGAUCGGGAAUUGACAAAGUUUAUUAAUCAGUGCAACGAAACAAAAGCAGCCACUUUUGCUACUAAGGAUGGUGGUCAAUUAUGUAUACUUAAAAAACCUGAGACCUCCAGUAAAAAGCCUGAAUCCUCCAGUGGUGCUGCAAAGAAGUAGUGUCUUUGGAAUCAAUUGUAUAAACAAAAUUUUGUAUGCCAGUUUGUUUGCUAAGAUCUUCCUUUUCAUCUUUUUAAGACCAAGUUUUGAGUCUCUUAUUAUUAUUUUUUAAAUGGAUCGAUCUAUUUUCGUUUUUGGGUUUUUAUUUUCUUCGAUUAGCAUGUACCUUGUUUAAGGAAAAGUACAAUCAGG